AUGGCUACCCCUAGUGUCCUAGCUUUUGACGCUGAGGGUCGCGCCAUUGAUUUUGAGGUCUGGUUAGACGACCUGCAGCUGUUCUUACAGUGCGACAGGGCUGACGACCUUUCUCUCUUUGACCUCACCUCUGGCGCCUCUCUUGCUCCUGCUGCUGAUGCUGAUCCCGCUGUCCGCUCUAAGUGGGCCACCCGCGAUGCUGCUGCACGUCUUGCUAUGCGUCGCCACCUCCCUACCUCUGAGCGUGCGCACUUUAGUCAGUACAAGAGUGCUCAGACCUUGUACGACGUUGUAGUUGCGCGCUACUCCUCCCCUGCCACUGCUGCACUGAGCCGUCUCAUGCUUCCCUACCUCUUUCCUGACCUCUCUGCCUUUCCCACUGUCGCUGACCUCAUUACGCACCUCCGCACUAGUGACACUCGCUACCGCGCCGCCCUUCCUGCUGAGUUCAGCGCUAAGAACCCCCCCCCCCAUGGGUGCUCUCCUUCCCCCUUGCUGCCCUCUGUUGCCUCUGCUGCUGCUGCCGACCUGCUUGGUCUUGAGUCGGUCGGCGCGGCGUCUGCCCCUAGUGGGAGACGUCGCUCCAGCAAGGGCAAGGGGGGCAGGGGCGCGGGUGGAGCUGGAGGGAGCGGUGGCGGUGGCGGCGGUGGCGGCGGAGGGAGUGGGGGUGGCGGCGGGACUAGUGGUGGAGGUGGUGGUGGUGGUGGCAGUAGUGGCGAAGACGGUGGUGGUGGUGCCAGCGGUGGUGGUGGAGGCAGCGGCGGUGGUGGAGGCGGCGGAGGUGGAGGCGGUGGAGGCGGCAGCGGAGGAGGCGGUGGUGGUGGAGGAGGUGGAGCUGGUCGAGGUGGUACCCAGCAGCGUAGCGGCGGUGGUGGUGGCCAGCGCUCGCAGCGGCAGCAGCAGCAGCGCUCGCGGGACAUCCCUCCGCCUCAGCAGCUUCGUGAGUGGUACGCUGGGCGUCAGAGGGGUGGGGGUACUGGUCCCUGCACCUACGUUCUUCGUUCCGGCGACCGCGCGGGUGAGCAGUGUGGGGGUGCCCACGCCACCCAGCGCUGCUUUGGCCGCCUGACGGACGCUUGGCGUCAGCAGUUCCCUGGGGCUAGUGAGAUCCCUCGCUGGGAUGAGCUUCUCAGGGCUGGUGUAGCGAUCUUUGAUCUUGAUUUUGAUGCUAUCGUUGCUGCUAUGUAUGUUGUGGAUUAUAGUGAGGAGAAUGAGGGUUACCGUUGUUUCCAGCCCGACCCGGGCAUUGGUACUGCUGCGCUAGGUGCUUGUGAGGCUGCUGCUCUAGGUGCCAGUGCGUCUGUGCUCUCAGGUACUGGUGAGACUGCGCUCUCAGACCGCACUACCCUUACGCCGCUCGGCCGGCCGGUUGCGGUCUCCCUUGCUGACCCCUCUGGGGGUCCUGUCCUGUCUCACUUCUCCACUGUCCUCCUGUGUCCGGCUGCCCCUUCGGGCACCCUGUCGGGUCUGUACCUUCCCUCGUUCUCUACGAACUUGGUGAGUGGAGCGGACCUGCAGGAUGUGGGGGUUCACCAGUUCACUCCUGCGAGUCAGCGGGUGACCCACUGCACGGAGGCACGCACAGGCCGACACCUGGCCACGUUCUCGCGUCGGCCGGGGUCGAGUCUCUACACCCUGACCGUUGAGUCUCCUCCUGUCCCUGCGUCUGGUCAGGUGGCUGCGUCGGGUCAGGUGCUUGCUGCUGCGUCCCGGUCAGGUCCUGAGUCUGCCCCCUGUUCUUGUCGCCUCCUGUCUCACGAGACUCUCCUGUGGCACCACCGUCUUGGCCACCCCUCCUUGCCCCGUCUUCGGAGCAUGGCUUCCCGUGUCCUUGUCUCUGGUCUUCCCCAGUCUCUCCCUCCUCUCCCCUCCGGGCCAGGACCUUCCUGUGUCCCCUGUGUCGAGGGUCGCCUCCGGGCUACUCCUCACUCCUCCCACUUCCCCCCGACAGAGGCUCCCCUGCAGACGCUUCACAUGGAUGUGUGGGGCCCAGCCCCCGUCCGUGGGCAGGGUUACGAGCGCUACGUCCUGUUGGUGGUUGACGACUACUCGCGUUACACCACAGUCCUCCCCUUGCGCAGCAAGGGUGCGGUCACUGAGAGGCGGAGAGUUCUCUUCUCGCCUUCUGCGGGACAACUGUCGUGCACGGGGGAUCCGCCAGACCUUCACGCUUCCGGACUCACCAAGCAAAAUGGGAUUGCUGAGCGCCGCAUUGGUAUGGUCAUGGAUGUCGCUCGUACGUCCAUGAUGCAUGCGGCUGCCCCCCAUUUUCUGUGGCCGUUUGCGGUGAGGUACGCGGCGCAUCAGCUCAACCUUCACCCCCGGGUCUCUCGGCCUGCGAUGUCCCCAGCCUUGCUGUGGACGGGGAAGGUUGGCGAUGCGUCUGUGUUCCGUGUCUGGGGAUCUCGGGCGUUUGUCCGCGACUUGUCUGCGGACAAGCUGUCCCCUCGUGCUGCUCCCUGUGUCUUCCUUGGCUUCCCCACUGACGCCCCAGGGUGGCAGUUUUACCACCCCUCCUCUCGUCGUGUUCUGUCCUCCCAGGACGUCACGUUCGACGAGUCAGUCCCCUUCUACCGUCUCUUCCCCUACCGCACUCCUUCCCUCCCCCCUCCCCCGGACUUCCUUGUGCCGGUUCCCCCCCCGGUAGAACCCCUCCCCCCUCAGGUUCCUGCCCCCUCAGGUGUGUCCCAGGUAGACGCCGUUGACCCGGUCGAGGUUACUGGUGACUCUGGUGCUGCUGCGGGUGCUGAGCCUGGAGGUGCUGACUCUGGGGGUGCUGUGCGCGGGGGUGCUGAGCCUGGGGGUGCUACUGCUGGGGGUGCUGGGCCUGAGGGUGCUACUGCGGAGGGUGCGGAGCCUGGGGGUGCUGAGCCGGGGGGUGCUGUGCCUGGAGGUGCUGGGUCUGGGGGUGCUGGGUCGGGAGCUGCUGAGCCUGGGGGUGCUGAGCUGGGAGCUGCUGAGCCUGGGGGUGCUGCGUCUGGAGCUGCUGAGCCUGGGGUUUCUCCUGCUGCUGCGUCUCGCCGGGAGCCCCUCUCUCCACAGGAGCUGCGCGAGUGGUUCGCUCGCCGCUGGAGGCGUGCUGCUGAGUCUGGAGGUGCUGCUGGAGCUGGAGCUGGAGCUUCUUCGACCGUCGAGGGUGCGGGUGCUGCCGGUCCCGGAGCUGCUGGACCUGCGGGUCCUCCUGGUGCUGGAGCUGCUGAGGGCGCUGGUGCUGAGCCUACUGCUGUUGGUCCUGCCGCUGGAGGUGUGGGUGGCGCUGGUGCUGUCGCUGAGGGUGCUGGUGCUGUCCCUGCUGCGUCUCGAGCUGCCGCGCGGCCUCGGCCGUACUUCGUUCCGCUCCUGCAGCAGGUUCUUGGUCUUUCUCCUCCAGUAGAGGGUCCACCGCCUGUCCAGUCGCAGUCCCUGCUGGAGCCUUCCUCUCCACUGCCUGCUCCCUCUCCUUACACUGGUCCUACUGGAGGUCUUGCUGAGCGUCGUGAGCCUGCGUCUCGUCCCGCGUCGCCUGUUCGCACUGCUCGCGCUAGUGGUCGCAGUUCGCGUCAGCGUCCUCCUCCUGUCCCUGGCACGCACCGGAUGUCUUUGCGUCCGUCCACUGCUCCUCUGCGUGCCCCUUUGCCUUCUCCUCCUGAGUCCUCUCUUCCUGCGCUUGCCGACCCUGAGUCGGACUCUCUUCGUGCUGCCAGUCCUACUGUCACGCGUCUGCUUGCUACUGUCGUCACUGACCCCUCUUUUGAGUCCACUGCUGCGUCUGCUCUAGUCGCUGAGCUCGUCGACUUUGCUGCUCGCUGUCGUCUCGACUACGCUGCUAGUCUUGUUGCAGAGUCUGCGUCUGUCUGUCCUCCGUCCGUCGGGGGUGAGUGUGCUCUUGGCACAGACGUCCUAGAGGACAGGCAGGAGGAGUUACAGUGUCUAGUGGCUGCUUCACCUCAUCUCGCGUCUGUACUGCUUGCCCCUGAGGGAGACCCGGAUGCACUAGACAUCCCGACUCCGCGUUCUUACGCGGAGGCCGUAGAGGGUCCCUACUCCUCUCAGUGGCAGGCAGCUAUGGAUGCAGAGAUGGCUUCCUGGAAGUCCACAGGCACCUACGUUGACGCGGUUCCCCCUCCUGGGGCGAACAUCGUCAGUGGCAUGUGGAUCUUCAGGGUGAAGCGACCGCCGGGCUCUCCACCUGUUUUCAAGGCACGGUACGUUGCUCGUGGCUUCAGUCAGCGGCAGGGAGUUGACUACUUUCAGACCUUCUCUCCCACCCCGAAGAUGACUACUCUUCGGGUGCUGCUGCACAUAGCCGCUCAGCGCGACUACGAGCUUCACUCUCUCGACUUCAGCACUGCGUUCUUGCAGGGUAGCCUGCACGAGGAGAUCUGGCUUCGCCGUCCACCUGGCUUCACAGGGACUUUCCCUCCUGGCACCCAGUGGAGCCUCCGACGGCCAGUCUACGGUCUCCGCCAGGCACCGCGUGAGUGGCACGACACACUGAGGACUACGCUUGCGGCUCUUGGGUUUGCUCCUUCUACUGCUGACCCGUCGCUGUUUCUUCGCACCGACACUUCCCUGCCGCCGUUCUACAUCCUCGUGUACGUCGACGACUUGGUCUUUGCCACAGCAGACACUGCUGGACUCGCCUACGUGAAGUCCGAGCUGCUGAAGAGACACACGUGCACAGACCUGGGUGAACUGCGCAGCUACCUUGGCUUGCAGAUCACUCGGGACAGAGCACGCCGCACCAUUACCUUGACUCAGUCACGCUAG